UUAUGUGAGCACGCCAUCGGCUAGGUCGACCUUGUCCAUUGCAAAACCGGAAAAAAAAAAAGCGUGCGGCUUUUCUCUUCGUGUUCGCUUUGAAGAAGACGCCGUAUUGACGUAAGCUGCGCUUCUAGAGGGCAAGGGCACCCACCCCGUAACGUGACGUCACGCCGCACCGCGUCGCUGCAAUCGCGAGAGGUGAAAAACCCGUCGGAGCUGCAGCGAACGACAUAGAACGCUUGGAAGCACUCGUGCAAAGCACGCGCACACACGCACAGUCUUUGCACAAAAAGGUAAACAUGAUGAAAGACCUGCAGAAGUUGGACCUUUUCUGUCUUCUGGGCAAUGAAGUGGUGCAGAAGAUCUGGGAGGAGAUAUCGGACUACCUUCCCCCACCGCUCAAAGCUCCCAAAGGAUGCAACGAUGCACCUGCCGUCAAGUCAACGGCUGCCCUAGAAUUCCCUUCGAACCAAGAGAAACGCGAGGAGCUCAGUUCUUACGAGGAUGCGCCCCCGUUUCUUCAGCAGAACCCGUUCAUCCGCAACGGAUACCGCUGCAACCUGGAGAUCCACCAGUGCUUCAAGAGCGUCUUCAAGUGGAACAACGAGACGCUCAAUAUCUGGACCCACCUUGGCGGGUUCUUGAUCAUCCUCGGCCUUCUGAUCCACGAUGUCACGUUCAGGCUCGCAGACGUCAACGCGAGACCCGCGGAUUGGUUCUACUGCAUCGCACUGUGCGUCACCUACAUGACUACUCUUAUCCUGUCCGUCUGCUAUCAUACCUUCAACUGCCACUCGGAGCAUUCCUACUGUUGUCUUCUCAAAUGGGACGUCCUCGGUGUUGCACUCAGCCUGUGCAUGACGUUCAUCUCCGGAGUUCACUACGCCUUUGGGUGCAGACCUGACCUAGAAGCCAUCUACAACGGCAUCGAAGCCGCCAUGGUCAUCGUUGUGCUGGUUCUAAACUUCGUCCCUCCUUUCGCUGGGCAACGCUACGAACCACUGCGUCUGUUUGUUCUCAGCUGCCUGGUCAUCUUCGGCAUCGCGCCCACGGCGCAUUGGAUGACGCUGAACGGAGGAUUCUCGGCACCGAUCGUGACCCUGCUGUUGCCCAGGAUCGCAGCCAUGUUUGGGUUCAUGGGUGUUGCCUUCCUCGUGUACAAGUUCAGGUUCCCCGAGUGCUUCUUCCCGGGAAAGGUGGACCUGGUUGGAUCCAGCCAUCAGAUCUGGCACAUCGUGGUGUUCCUGUCCCUGGUCUGGUGGCACGAGACCUCCUUCGCUUACUUCGCGUUCAUGAAGGACAAGGCUUGUGCCAUCCCGGUUGUGCCUAGUCUCUCCAGCGAGGACGUCAUCCUCGAGCUCCUCUCCUAAGCUGUGGUUUCCUCUGGACUGUUAUCAGUAUUUUUUAUCAGUGUUUCGGUCCCAACGAACUGUGAUGGAACCUGUGCUGGCGCAGGUGAACUCAUGUACCAUAACGCAGUUCCUAAACCCGUUUGUCCCGUAGUCCUUAUGGGUGCGCUUCGCAGACGCACCUCGGAGAACCAACAUAUACUGUGGAUUAUGGGGUUAGGUGAUAGGAAGGUCAUUGACAUAGAAUAGUCAACGAAUGAUAAGGUAGCUCGCUCUUCGUUGGUUCCACGAAGGUUCGAUGCUGCGUCUUCGUUCUCAAGCGGACGCGUCUCGCACUGUUUUCUCUAUCCUGCGAGGAAACAGUGUUGAUGAAUUCUAGUCUGCAAAUUCCACUAUGUUAGUGGUAUUGUAAUUAUUGUACAUAACACUGUGUUGAGUUUCGUGUUGUCGACAACAUGGCGAUAUUUAUUCAGCGAGUGAUGACGAACACAUUCCAUUGUGUCGUGUCCAAUAAAAGAAAAAUUGUCUCGCA